AUGCCAGGCCGAGGGAGGGACCUCUGGGGUGUUUCCAAGUGCACACUUCCACAAGGGAUUGUACAGCGGAGGCCGGUUUUCAGUGGUGUUGUGAACCUCCAGUGUGUGCUAAAAAUUAUUUGGUUCAUCUGGCAGCAUUUGCAAGGAGUAUACGUUUCUUCUGUUUCCAGAUUCUUGCUGUGCCCUCUUCUGAUGCGCACCUCAGAGCUAAGGCACAGAAAGCAGCGACCCCAGCCCCCAACUCCGAUGCAACCCGGCACCAACACCCGCCGUUGCGUGGUGGCAGAUUCUUACGCGACUCCCGCUUCCAGCUGGGUUCCUCAGACGUGCCCAGGUCCCGCAAGCUCUCUGGGACUCGGUUUACCCAAAGUGGCGCGGUCAGGCCGGCAACCGGCCGGGCCUUCCUCGGGCCUUCCUCAGCUCCCCCGGGCCGCACUAGUUGGCCCCUCUCAGGCCUGCCCUCUCUCGGGGUUCCCGCCGUCGAGACUCCCGCGAAGGAGGGCUUUCCGAACACCAAAACUCCGCCCUCGCCCCAGCGGGUUCCGAAUCGCCUCCCAGCGUCAGGCCCACACCCCUUUCAAAGUUAGCGAAAGUCGCUCUUUCUUGGAAACCCAAGCUCGCCCUCUCGCUGAUGUUGAGGGCUUCAGCAGCCCCAGCGCUGGCGGCGCGGCUCCCACGGGCCUGGCAGGGGUGGAGGGGCAGGAGGUAGGAGCGCCGGCCGCCCUGACACCUGUCGUGGGCGCGCUCCGUCGCUGCAGCCCCCAGCAGCUGGCGGCGGCGGCAGCAGCGACAGGAGCCCGCCCGGAGCGGAAGGAAUUAAGCACCCGCCCAUCCCAUCUGACUCGGCCGCUCCCCUCCCCUCCUCCCCCACCUCCGCCCCCUCCUCUCCUCCUCCUCCUCCUCCUCCUCCUCGCCCUCCUCCUCCUCCACCUCCCUCUCCUUCCUUUACGCCGCGGCCGCCGCCUCCUCCCGGUCCCUGUCAGCCUCUCGGCGGGACGCUGGUGCCUGCGGGCUUUGCGGCGCGCUGGGGGCGCGGGGAACGGGGCUCGCGUCCGGGGGCUGGCCCGGGAUGGCGGUGAAAUAGGGGGACCUCGGAGAGGCGCCGCGACCCCAAGCUGUGCUCAGGGCCUGUCACUCCUUCUCAGUGGCGACAUGGGGGACCCGGUACACCGCCAGAAACCACAGCUGCACUACGCGGGUGAUUUCACCUGGAACAGCAUGUCGGGCCGCAGUGUGCGGCUGAGAUCUGUCCCCAUCCAGAGUCUCUCAGAGCUGGAGCGAGCCCGGCUGCAGGAAGUGGCUUUUUAUCAGUUGCAGCAGGACUGUGACCUGAGCUGUCCCAUCACCAUUCCCAAAGAUGGACAGAAGAGAAAGAAAUCUUUGCGAAAGAAACUGGAUUCACUAGGAAAGGAGAAAAACAAAGACAGAGAAUUCAUCCCGCAGGCAUUUGGAAUGCCCUUAUCCCAAGUCAUUGCAAACGACCGGGCCUAUAAACUCAAGCAGGACUCGCAGAGGGACGAGCAGAAGGAUGCGUCUGAUUUUGUGGCUUCCCUCCUCCCGUUUGGAAAUAAAAGACAAAACAAAGAACUCUCAAGCAGUAACUCAUCUCUCAGCUCCACCUCGGAAACACCAAAUGAGUCAACGUCCCCGAACACCCCAGAACCGGCUCCUCGGGCCAGGAGGAGGGGCGCAAUGUCAGUGGACUCUAUCACAGAUCUUGAUGACAAUCAGUCGCGACUGCUAGAAGCUUUGCAACUGUCCUUGCCUGCGGAGGCUCAGAGUAAAAAAGAAAAAGCCAGAGAUAAGAAACUCAGUCUGAAUCCCAUUUACAGACAGGUCCCCAGGCUGGUGGACAGCUGCUGUCAGCAUCUUGAAAAACAUGGCCUCCAGACGGUGGGGAUAUUCCGAGUUGGAAGCUCAAAAAAGAGAGUGAGACAGUUACGUGAGGAAUUCGACCGUGGGGUUGAUGUCUCUCUGGAGGAAGAGCACAGCGUUCACGAUGUGGCUGCCUUGCUGAAGGAGUUUCUGAGGGACAUGCCGGACCCCCUUCUCACCAGGGAGCUGUACACAGCCUUCAUCAAUACUCUCUUGUUGGAACCAGAGGAACAGCUGGGCACCUUGCAGCUCCUCAUCUAUCUUCUACCUCCCUGCAACUGUGACACCCUGCACCGCCUCCUCCAGUUCCUCUCCAUGGUGGCCAUGCAUGCCAGUGACAACGUCAGCAAAGACGGGCAAGAGGUCACUGGGAACAAAAUGACCUCUCUGAACUUGGCCACCAUAUUUGGACCCAACCUGCUGCACAAGCAGAAAUCAUCGGACAAAGAAUUCUCUGUCCAGAGCUCAGCCCGGGCUGAGGAGAGCACAGCCAUCAUCGCUGUGGUGCAGAAAAUGAUUGAAAAUUACGAAGCCCUGUUCAUGGUUUCGCCAGAUCUCCAGAACGAAGUCCUGAUCAGCCUGUUGGAGACCGACCCCGACGUGGUGGACUAUCUACUCAGAAGAAAGGCCUCCCAGUCCUCAAGCCCUGACAUGUUACGAUCGGAAGUUUCCUUUUCUGUGGGAGGAAGGCACUCGUCCACCGACUCCAACAAGGCCUCCAGCGGAGACCUCUCCCCUUAUGACAACAACUCCCCAGUGCUGUCUGCACGCUCGUUGCUGGCUAUGCAAGAGGAUGCGGCCCCGGGGGGCUCGGAGAAGCUUUACAAAGGGCCGGAGCAGUAUGUGCUGGUGAGCCACUUGCCAUCGUCGAAAUCAAGAGAGAGUUCUCCUGGACCAAGGCUUGGCAAAGAUGUGUCAAAGGAGCCUUUCAAUAUCUGGGGAACUUGGCAUUCAACAUUAAAAAGUGGUUCCAAAGACCCAGGAAUGACAGGUUCCUAUGGAGACAUUUUUGAAAGCAGCUCCCUACGACCGGGGCCCUGCUCCCUUUCGCAAGGGAACCUGUCCCCGAAUUGGCCCCGGUGGCAGGGGAGCCCCACAGAACUGGAAAGUGGCCCACAGGUCAUUCGGAGGACUCAGACCACGGCCACCAUCGUGGAGUGCAGGGCCUGCCCUCCCGUGUCCCGUGUCUGCAGCACGCCCCACAUCCAGGGCGGCGGCAGAAGGUCUGAGCAGGCCACAGCGAAGUCAGAGCGAUAUUUGACUCUGAACAGCGCCGAAGACCUCACAGAGAGCGAGCUCGAUGUGGCCUGGCGGCCGGGCCGGCGAGCCAAGCCUUUGCACCAGAGAACUCGGGAGAGUGAGAAGCAUGACAAGAGGCCUCCUCCUCCUUACCCUGGUCCAGGGAAGCAAGCUGGGGCGUCAUCCCAUCAGCCAGCAGAGCCGCUGCUGUGGAGGCCUCAGAGGCCAGAAGAAGGUUCCAGAACAGCUUUGGAAGAGGGAGGUCAAACAGCCGAGCGAGAGCGAGAGCGAGAGCAGCAGGCCGCUGAGCAAACACGGAGCAGCGCCUACUCCACCUCCGCCAGUGAUCAGAACAGGACUUUGGGGGAUGCCACGUGGCUCGAGUGGCAGAGGGAGCGGUGGCAGAUCUGGGAGCUCUUAUCACCCGACAACCCCGAUGCCCUCCCGGAGACGCUGGUAUGAGCCCGCCCAAGCUCACGCCCCCAUGGCCCAAACACCCUCCUUUCACUCCGCAGGGGAAAAGUUGGUG